AUGAUCAGCGGGCUGGACAACGCGGGAAAGUCAACUCUCCUAGCCAACCACCUUUGCAUAAACAAGGACGAUAUAUCUUCCAUUGGUAAAGAAAUUCACCUAGAUAUUAAAGUUUGCAAUUAUCACAACAUCACCUUUAAGGUACUCGAUGUGGGCAUAAGUCGACCCGCCUCAAUCCGUAGGAGGGAGAGACUACAUCUCAACGAAGCGGAUGCAAUUAUUUGGGUUAUUGACACACAUGAUCAUGACCGAAAAGUGGAAGCGAGGGAGGAGCUUCUUCGAACGGCAUUCCGUAAUCACGGGACGCCAGUACUUAUUCUGGCAAAUAAGCAGGAUCUCGACGAAGCUUGGACGGUGGAAGAGACAAGAAAAUACUUCGUCGACGAUAUAUCAUCUUACUACGUGGGCAGACCAAAUGCAGUAUUUGGUACAAACAUAAAGACUGGCGAGGGACUCAAAGAAGCCUUUGACUGGGUUAGAAAAGCCAUAGAAGGGCGUGUAAAGCUUGAAGCCGAUAUAGCUGAAAAGACUCCAGCGCUUAGUGAAAAAGCGAUUUUGAACUCGGAUUGA